AUGGGAAACACAAAGGUAUUAGCAGUUGUAUAUGGUCCUCGAGACGCGGGGAGCAAAUCGUCUCAUGAUAUUGAUAAUGAUAAGGCGACCGUUUCGGCAGGUGUCACAAUGGCUCCGUAUUGCGGAACGGAGCGAAGAGUGGUUCACAUGAACUCCCGUAUUUGCACGGAAUAUGCGCAGGCGAUUCGUCGUUGCUUUGAGCAUGUGAUUCUCACAACGCUCUACCCCCACUCCACCAUCUCAAUUCAUUGUACAAUAUUCCAAGCAGACGGCGGAGAGCUUCCCUGCUGCCUCAACGCGGCCCUUCUAGCGAUCAUCGACGCUGGAAUCGACAUCUUGGACUUCCAGGUGAGUCUGAACGUGGGUUAUAUGGACAACACGAUUCUCUUCGACAUGAACUACGUCGAAAGCCACCUGAAUGGCAUCCUGCUCACGGUCGCGUAUCUCCCCAAGUCGGACCAGUUCACGCUAACGACGCUGAAUAGCAACAUUCCGCUGGAACUCUUCGAGGACGUGUUGGAUGCAGCGAAAGAGGGAUGCAAGCAGGUGUACGCGAUUCUGAAAGACCACGUUUUGGAGAAUGCGAAGAAACUGUAUCAAUCCACGCAGCAAUGA